CAGAAAUGCAGGUGAAACUUCGCGAUCCAAUCGCUCUGUUGUACUCCUGCUUGGCUGGGCGUCAUUUGUUUAUCCACGAAGGGCCGCGUCACUCGAGAGAAUGCCUGGUUUCCGACAGCCUGAUUCUCGUCCACCACAAGCCAUUGGGUCAUUUUGACAUGUCCGGCAACACCAAUUCCUCUAUCGGAGAGGUAGAUUACUAUUACGAUAACUAA